GUUUUGUCAAGUAAAGUGGAAAGCUGCUAAACAUCUGCUACGUGGAGCCCUGUUAAGGAAAACGCCAUGUUAUUAAGCCAUAAACCAGUAACUACAUAGGCUAACAAUGAGGAAUGUGACAGCCGCACUCAACUAUCAACUUAAAUAAUUAAUGUAAGGGUCGGACGCGAGGCCCCAACAAACAUAAACUAGCUCACUUUUAGUUAGCACAGUUAGCGCUAACAUUAGCCAGGUACCGUUUACGCUAGCUGGGACUUCCUUGCUGCUAGCCGGUCCAGAGAUAACGCUGAUAUUGAAGCCAGGAAGUGACUUGCAAAUACCACUCCUCGGUGAGGAGACUACAUAUUUCUCCAUAAUGCAUUUGUUGCACACUCUCCUCGCUGGAUGAAGCUGUCGUCUAACUGGCUGGACUGAACAGCACAGUCGGGCUGGCAUGGUGAAGUUACGUAGAAAACGUAGCUGUGGGCGGAUCUGUGGUAACCAGUUAGCUGACUGGCUGGGUGUUCUCCAUCGGCGUUAGCCAGACAGGCUAGCUAUGACGGAUUGGAGUAUUCCUGCCGGGGUCUGGAUUGUGAGCCACCACCAGACAUGAUUUUAUGGAGACCACCCUACAACUUUUCUACAGACAGAGCGACAGACAGAUUCGGGACUUUGUGACAGAGGGAAACGGUGAACGAACCGAGGAUAACUCCAUGUGAUUGUAUUCAGCACUGCUGGUAAGACGCUAAUGUUAGUCUUCAUAUCUUAUGUGGUCUUCAUAUCAGAGAGGGCGAUCAAAGUGGAAAUGUGAAUUAAUGUUUAAUCUGGAGAUUUACCUCGACAACACACAUGGGACUCACACAGCCAGCACAUGCAGCCUACAAGAGGCAGCACAGCGUCGCUAACGUACCCUGGUUGGUUUGUCUGUGCUGUGUUUCGAAAGAGGUUUCAGAUGCCUUUCCACCCUGGCAAGAAAAACACUCAUCACUUGCCAUUUUUGACAGGGCCUGAGCUGAUUUGUCAGCCUUGUGUAGGUUUGGUUUUCACCCCCCAAGUGUCCUCUGGAUAUCAGCUGACCAUGGUGAUCUGAACAGAGGAAACGCAGUGUGUGUUCACUCUAACACAGCAAGGCUCGAUCAAGAGAAGAGCAGAGACGGACCGGAGCAAAGAGAAAAAGCAUAUUUAAACACAAAAUGUCUCAAAACAGAGAAUUGGUGGUUUUCUACAUAAACUAUAAACUCUCCCAGAAAAAUUAUCCUCUCAACCACAUGGUACUAGAGCCUCCAAACAGGACUGAUGGGGGGGAGGCAGGGUUGGGUGACGAACAGCGGGUAGCGACGCACACCAACGGGACUUUUAACCGCAGGAGUCCCGGGACCCCCCCAGCGUCCCCGCUGCGGCAGGAACGGUUGCCAUCAACGACGAACCUGGACGCGGUGAAAGAGGCCCUCCGGGACUCAGCCAACGAGUUUGAGCUGCGAUACGCCCGCGCCUUCAGCGAUCUGCACAACCAGCUGCACAUCACACCGGCCACGGCCUACCAAAGCUUCGAGAACGUGAUGGAUGAGGUGUUCCGGGACGGAGUAAACUGGGGCCGCAUCGUAGGGCUUUUUGCUUUCGGCGGGGCGCUCUGUGUCGAGUGCGUGGAGAAGGAGAUGAGUCCGCUGGUGAGCAGGAUCAUAGAGUGGAUGACGGUCUACCUGGACAACCACAUUCAGCACUGGAUCCAGAGCCAAGGAGGAUGGGAGCGCUUUGCUGAAAUCUUCGGGCAGGAUGCGGCGGCAGAAGGCAGGAGGUCUCAGGAGAGUUUCAAGAAGUGGCUGCUGGCAGGGAUGACCCUGGUGACCGGGGUGGUGUUGGGCUCAAUCAUCGCCCAGAAACGCCUGUGAAGGGAGAUACACGACAACUCUCCUAACACUCUUCCCCCAUGACCCAAUCCUGCCUCAACACCCUUCAACACCCUCAACUUACACACCACGGAAGUUCAAAUGAAGGUCCUGUUUAUUUCGUCAGUACUGCCCCCCCCCCCCGUCAGCCAGACACACACACGCCCACACACUUACACACACCCCACACACACACAUCCCACAGUGGACUAAGAAUCCUCACAUGUUGUUGAACUUUUGAGAAAAAGACAGAGAAGACGAAGAGUUACUCGUGUUCAUGUGUUCACCUUAUUCCACCCUGAUGAAAAAUGUGUGGUUGUACAGAGACAGACAUACUAUUCUUUCAUUCACUGAACCAGUUGUUCCUUCUAUUCCUUUCUCUACUGGUUCCUGUAUUUUUCUGUCUUUAUGUUUGUAUGUAUUAGUUUUAACAAAUUUUGAUUUCUCAUUUUUGUCCUCAAGAGGCUAAAACUGAUUCAAGUCUUCACAGUUAACCCAAACCUGUCUGAUCAGUGUGAUGUGGGGCUUGGCCUGCUCUACAUGUCUCAUCUUGAAGCGUGUUUUGUUGCUUGUCCCCACAGACAGCUCUACAAUAGCUUUGUAUGUGCCAUAUGGAGAGUGAAAGCAGGGGAGGAUGUAGCACCUGUCCCUGAACAGCUUCUGUAGUUCCCAUUUCCUGCCAGCCAUCCUGAUCGCCAACACAUACAGUAUAACAUUAUAAUCCACGACUCCAGACACUGACUGUUUUGUCUUGCCCUGUCCUUCAUGCGUUUUGGUUUUGUAUGACUGGUAAAUGAAAAGGAGUCAAACAGAUUUUAGUUAACAAAGCAUGGGAGUCUUAAACUAAAAAGCUAAUGGGAAACAAACUCCUCUACUUGUUUUUGUUUGUUGGUGCGUUUGGUUUUGGAUUUGUGAACCAUUAAAACCCCACUGCGGCUGAUCUGUUCUUUAUGGUCACACUUGGCCUUGAUUUUAUCCUGUUUGUGUUUAGUCAGCUUGCUGACUGCCAGACCACUGUGUGUGGCAAGAUCUUAGAAUCAGAGCAACUGCAGUUCAUACAAGCAGGGCGCCGUGGCUCAGACCCUCCAUGUUUACUACACAGUAGCUGAGGAAUGCAGCAAAUACUGUAGCAACACACACAGCAGAUAGAGCGGCACCGGUGACAGCGGCACUCAGACAGCACGAAAGACUCUUUAGUCUUAACUGUCCUAGAUGUAAAGUUUUCAUUUUGGUAACACAUUAUUUUAAGCGGUAUAUAAACAUUUAAUAACACACUAUAAUGUGGUUGUAAGCAGGUAUACGGACGUGUUUGUUAAUGUAUUUGUCAACCAUCUAACUUCUCCUAUGAAGCAUCCAUAACUGUUAUAUUAGACAUGCUAUUAGACAUAAAUUAACUGUUCAUACACAUGAACAAAUCAUUCACAGGCAGAUUUAUUGAAGACAUGUUGAGCUUGUGGGAUCAUUCUUGACCUCAGGAAUGGUAAAUUCUUCAUUCCAGGGCCACUUUAGAUUAGAUUUAUUCCUGAGCUUUUAGCUGCAUCUCAUGGCCUUCAUCAGCGGACCAUGUUCAGUUGUCAUGGACAGUGAAGAAGAUGCAUUUAUAAAUGGAUAAAUAAGAAGAUAUCAAAAUUUGGGAGUUUAUAAAGUCUGAUAAUUAUAUAUCAGCUGAUAGCUUUUUUUUUUUUUUUUACACAUAACACAAGCAAACAACCUGGAUAUGGAUGCCUUAGUGUUACUUACUGUUUCUAAAUGACCUCAAACCUAGUUUGGCAAUUUCUUGUUACUUAUCAGUUAACAUAUACACCACUACUGCAAUAUCGGCAGUAAGCUAAUAUCCGCCGAUAUAUCAUCCUGGCCAAUUUAUUGAUCUAGCUCUAAUAACAGCCGUGUUAUAUUGUCUGUUCAUACUCCAGUUAUAGAUGCUAAGUUAUAAGUUAUAAUUGUUGAAAAAAUACAUUAAUAAACAAUUGAAAUAUCCUCAUAUCAGUGUGUUAUAAACAAUUGUUUAUAUAGCUGCAACAAUUAGUCAACUGAUCGAUAAAAAUGACAAAUACUCUGGUUUCAGCUUUUCAAAUGUGAAGUUUUGCUGCUUUUCUCUUAUGCUAUAUAAUUGUAAAUUAAAUAUCUUUGGGUUGUGGCUUGUUGGUUGGACAAAAUAAGACAUUUGAAGACUUCACCUUGUGACAGACAUUUUUCACUAUUUUCUGACACUUUAUAGACUAAAAAGCUUAUGUGAGAGUGUGAGGGGGAUUUAAAAUAAUGUGUUCCAUGACCGUUUUGCAAUAAAAUCCUAAUCAUGUGCAGCAAUGCUCAAACAGAAGACUGAUUUUCCUGUUUUUUCCCUCUAUGUGCUAAUUUAAUAAUCAUUCCUUAUUUUUGAACUUUAAGUCAAAUUUACAUUUAUCAAUGACACGUUAUGCUUCAGCGUGAACAUCAUUGCCUUUUGAAGAUUUAUGUAGCAAACUGAUGAAGCAGCUGUCUUUGAGGAGGCAGUGCAGUUCUGCAUCAGAUGUUCUUCGAGAUAGAUUUGAUUAGAAACGUGUCAUUAUGUGUCUGUUUACCAUCUUAAGCGAAUCAGCAACCGUCAGUGGCUGUAGGACCGUAAAAUUAGACACCCAAACCUUCAUAGCUCAUUUCACACACACUCACUCUAAGUUAGAGCUCAUUUCACACACACACACUUCUCCUCUUCUGUCCUCCCCAGACACCUCAAAUCUGUCAAAUCUCCAUCCGUCUCCUCCUCUUUCCCUCUCCACCCAGCUCCACCUCUUCCUCCGCGGUCCCCCGGCUGUCACUGCACCUAGUCACGUGUGUCAGUCACAGCUGGCCCACCUGCUGCUUCACAUAAACACACCUCAGCAUGCACACGCUUGUAAUGUACACACCUGCCAGUCAGAUGUAGUCCACAAGAGACGGGGAGAAGGAGAGUUUGUUUCUAAACAUCUUUCCAUCUUUAAUUUGAAGCUGAAGUCGGAAGAGUGUUUGUCGCCUGGCAUCACGCACCAACAACUGGCAGCUCGAUUAAUUUACUGGGAAGGGAGGGAAGGUGGGGGGCGCUCCUCCCUGUUCCAAGUGCUUUAAUCUUCAUCUUAUUUCAAAUGCUGUCUCCAGCUAACAACAGCAUGUCCUGGGUUGUAUUCAUGUGUGUCAUAUCAGCACAAUAAAGCACAAUACAGCUCUGGUGCAGGACAGGCAGGUGCCAUUUUCUCAUCAAAGAAAAGUUCAGCAAGACAUUCAGCCGUGUCGAACCACAGAGAGUAAACAUUAAAGGAAGGGACUGUUAAAAAAAACUAAUCUGGAUUUCCGCGUGAAACAUCCAUCACCAUGCUGUCAGUGUGAGGGUCCAGCCGCCAGCUGCGCCUCCAUCUUCAAAGCAGGACUCAUCUUCCCUUUUCAUCCCCAUAGUUCACAGAAUCAUGUACAUUUACAUACAGGAUUUCUCUUUCUAAAGCCCUGAUUGUUAUCUUUGUAACAAAUAUUUCACCAAAUGAAAAGAACGGCAUUGACUAUUGAUGAGUAUCAUCCUCUAAAUGCUUGUGUCCUGAGCAUCUUAUUAGCCAAGGUCUGCUCAUACAUUCCAGUACAGUAUAUAUAUAUUUUUCUAGUGUAUGCCCCACCAAGAAGCUGCUCGCAGGCUUUUCUCUGCUUUCCUGACCCUCACUGAAACAAGUUCCCUUCCUACACAUACUGUAUGUGAGUGAGUGAGUGAGUGAGUGAGUGUGCAUGUGUGUGUGUGUGUGCAUGCGUGUGAAUUUCUGUGUGGCAAAAUGUUCUUGAAGGAGGCACAAAUGAAGGAAGUGUGACAGCACUGGGAGGACCCUAUAUAUGCUAGUUAUUUAAACUGAUUAGAAUAGUACUUUAGCUUAGUAACAUAUUUAAGAAAAACAGAACUGAUGGCUUUUAAACAAUAUUUAUAUUUGGUGUAAAAAAAAAAACCCCAACAUAAUUGUUCCCCUUCAAAUGGCCUUAAACUCCAUAUUUGCAUUGAUGUGCAUUGUCAUUCGUUGUGUUUUUUAAGGAUUAUUGGAUUGCCACUAGACAAGAAAAACAGGAUAUUUUCAAAUUGUAGGUCUCUGGUGCAUUCUUGUUGGUCAUAAAGAGUAAAGAAUUAAAGAUCGCAACCAUGUCCAGUGGUCUGUUUGUACGUCUUAGAAUGCUACUGUAAAAUUUUAAAUUACAUUGAACCUAAUAAAGCCCAUGUUGGAAGAUA